AUGCUGCGUCUCUACAAGUCUCUGAGCAUCCAAAAUGAUGUGUUCAGCAAGAUACCGCGCGAUCAGCUUCGCAUGCCAAUUGGGGCCACCGGGGCAGAUGCAGCAUCUGGGGGCUCGCCUGGAGGCGAGGACGAAGCCCCGCGCUAUCUCGACAUGAAGGCCUCCCGCCUCGCACUCGUAGGUCAAGAGGACGACGGUAUCCUCCUCUUCGCUCACGACGGCUACGCCAAGGACGCGGCCGGGAAGGCGAGCAAGCGCACGUUUAUCAACAUGUACGACAUGAAGACGAGGGAGCUCACCACCCUCUUCAUGCACGACUACGUCAUCGACGUCGUCUCGUGCUCCGUAAACGAAGAGCGCACUCUCCUGGUGUUCACGACGCUAUCGCGCUAUCGGAAGCCGGUGCCCAACGUCACGGAGACACAAGACUUUGAAGAGCUGUACGAAUCCCGCCUCGUGGAGGUCCUGUCGCAGCGGAGCAUGCCCAUCGACAAGCUCAGCAAGUCCAGGCAGAGCGUCUACUUCUUGGGCAGCGACGCCAAACAGAAGGGCUGGACCCGCAGGCGCGUGUUUCUGCUGUUCGUCAUGCACACCCACUUUGCCCAGGUCCUCCACAUACAGACCACCCGACGCGGUCCGACCGACGAGCGCGUGCUCAAGUUUGCGGAGCUGUUUGCCAAGCUCGUCCAGAAAUCGCAGCUGGCGUGGCACCAGUACAACGCCAAGGAGAAGGUCCUCUACUGCCUCGUCGCCCAAAACAACAAGGGCACCUACGAUAAGAACCAGGACUACACGCUGCGCUGCUACAAGCUUUCAGGUGACCGGCGAAACGACGUCAUGUUCGAGGUUGGCCCACUUCAGCUGGCACACGAGCCGCCCGAGAUGUCGACCAAUCCGCGCAUGUCCAUGCAACUCCCCGGCGAGGCCCGUGCAGGCCACAGGCGUAGUGCCUCGCAGUCCUUUGAUGCCCGUUCGGCCGCCUCUGCGCUGUCGGUGAAAUGGACGGACAACCUGCAGAUCGUUGAAAUGAGUGGGCAUCCCGUCGAGCCCAACGCAUUUUCGCCCUCCAUCAACGUCUCCAUAUUCGUGCUCCACCACAAGAUGAAGCUGGACUUCUCCAUUCCCAUGAACGGCCCCAACGAUGCCGCCUUCAUCACCAGCGCGCGAGUGUUCUUCGACUGCAUCGGAGACCUCUUGCUGGUGUACGUGCCCGGCCGCUACAUCCAGCUCAUCGACUGCGGGGACGAGCACGACCCGUGCCCCAACCUCUUCUUCACCGGCAGCCGGUUCGCCACCCUCCUCCCCGAACAAGCCGUCGAGGACUUCCCGCCCUUUCCCUUCGACACCAUGAUGUCGACGGCUUCCGACUAUCGGCGCUAUGGCAUGCUCGACGUGCUCAAAGGGGUGCUGUACGAGUACACGUUCAAUCGGGAGGCCGUCCUCAACGUGUUCGACCUGCCGUCGAGCGACUGGCACGUGUACGCCCUCCACUUGGCCAUCGUGCACAUGCACGACGUAGAACUGGUCGACAAGAUCAUGCGGCACAUGUGCACCACGCGACCAGAAAUGGUGUCCACGGUGCUCAUCAAGGAAUACCUCAUCGGGACGCCCUACCAGUCGGUGAAGAACAAGAACAUGGAGGUGCACCUGCUGAGCCUGCUUCCGGUGACCUCGCUCGAGUCGUUCACGAGCGACAACCUGUCCAAGAAGAUCAAGCGCUUCAUCUCCGUCUCCCGCCUCAACAUCCCCGUCCUCGCCUCCAAUCGCAAACUCAUCCGACCCACCAACCGGCAACGGUUCCUGAGCGGGGGCUCGGGGCUGCUGCCUUCGGUGGAGGCCGGGAACAACACGCCCACGUUCCGCAACCUGUUCAUGCGCAUCCUGGGCAUCGACGAGAGCCAGAACACCGGCACCGUGCCCGCCCCGCCCCCGCCCCCGCCCGACUCCAACGUCCUCACCCCCUACUCCGCCAGCGACCGGUGGAGGUUCAUCGAGGCGCUGGCCGACUACAUGUUCAACUCGUUCCCCAAGGAAAACAAAGCCAAGGCACCCAUGCUCCCUCCCUCCUACCCUCCUCCUUUACCUCCCCCUCCACACCUCUUGGCCUGCAUGGCGUGGGCCAAGGACUACCGCGGGGAGCAGAUCCACCAGUCCAAUCGCCUCUACGAAUACAUCGCCGAGUCGACCACCGAAGAGAAGGCUGACGGCAUGGCGGGGCCGGAUACCCACGCCACGCCACCUGCCGGGGCCGGGGGGGGGAGGAAAAGGGAGCGGGGCGUGUUCCACAUCACGGAGCCCUUCGCCGCGGAGCUCUUUGCAUCGCUGGGCGACACCCCGGAGGACCACGAGUUCAAGUUCGCCAUCAUCUCCAAGCUGCCCGAGUUCAUUCGGGCGCUGCAGAAGCACCCGGAGUUCCACCAGCUGCUGCUGGAGUACUUCCACUCGACGCUGCCGAUCAAGUUCCCGUCGUUCCAGGAUCUGCUCAACCCGCGGUUCAUCGAGAAGUCGAACCAGCAGCUGCAGUCCACCAACAACUCGUUCUUCCUGCCGGUUUCCAUCUUCCUGGCCGACCUCAACUCCAACUACCACCAGUUCAUGAGCGGCAGCUUCGGCGAUGGCCCCAACGCGCCUGGCGCGCCUUCGCCCCUCGUCUCUCCGCGCUCGACGCCCGCCAUCUUCCUCUCCACCGGCACCAGCAGCAGCGGCGGACUCCACGGGAGCGCCUCGACGGGCGGCAUCCCCAUCUUCGCCCCCUCCGCCGGCCAGCACGCGCAGUCGGGCCUUGCCUCGAGCGCCAGCACUGCACCAUCGCCAUCAGCGUCAUCGCCCGCGAGCGGACGAGAAGCGGCCGGCCUCUCUUCUUCGUCGUCUUCCGUGGUGGCCUCCGCCCCGUUCGGCAUCUUCUCCCGCCCCCCGCCCCCGCCCCCUCCUCCGCCAGCGCACGCCGACGGCGGGUUCAGCAGUUUCCUGCCCGCCACGUCGGUCAUCCGCAAGGUCGGGUUCGUCAACGAGUACCUCAUGCCCACCAUCCACCAGGCCUUCGAGCGCGCCCAGCCCCUCGCCACGCCCACCGCCACCGUCACCUACAACAAGAAGAAGCCGUCCCCUUGA